AUGGCGACACUCCCAACCGAAGACCCGUCAAUCGCAGCUUUUGUCCACGCUCCGAAGAACACCCUGCUCCGUCUCGACCCUUCAGGGCCUCCAAUCGCAGUAGAUGUGGUACUGGACUACAACCAGCUCCGAGAGACUCUACUAGUAAUAGACACCUCUACGACCGACUACGUUCUCACAGUGUCCCGAGCGGACUGGACACACGACAAGUUCAACUCCGUCUUCGAGCCCUGGCUCUCGCCUAACGGAUGCCACGGACCCAUGUUCAACCUGGAGGAUAUGGCCAAAUCGCCCGAGUACUGCGAGGCGGUGCUUCGAGGUGGGGGUGAGUCUUUCCUCGAGACGCUGCCGGAUGAGCUGCACGACUUCCAAGAGCGCGUUUUCGGUAGGCCGCGUGUUAGAGUCUGUUUGGGUUUCUUUGGCCGACCCUCGUUGUCUAUCUUUUGUGAUGACGACGAGAGAUCGGAGAUGGGUCUGUGCACUAAAGGUUGGAUGGCCUGGAGGAUUGCGAGCAUGGCGUUUAGGGCGAUGGAGGAAUUUGUUGUGGAGAAGGAGGAGUUUAGAGGGUUUCAGCCGGGAAGGUUUAGGAUUUUGGGGAUGUUGCAUUUGUUAAAGAAAAAGGUGUCUGUUCCGGUGCUCGUGUACUCGCUUCGGAGAGUCUGA